CGGACACACACACUGACCUUACUCUUCACUUGCAAGUCGUCUGUUUAUGUUUUUAUCACUCUUCUUCUAUAUUUAUUAUGUUUAUUAUGAUGAUAAGCUUUUGAGAGGUUGUCGUUGAAAGUGACGUCACAGCGUCAGACCCCACCUUCUCCUCCUCCUCCUCCUCCCUCCCGCUGUUUCUGCCCACCCUCCUCUCUCCACUUCUUCCACUUCCACUUCCACUUCCACUCCAGCGCAAGCAGCGGUACAGUCCGACUGACAACCCGUCAGGAGAAGCUCGCAGCCCCGCUGAGGAUUACCGGGAAGAGGCGCACUGUCGCAAACUGGCACAACUAUGCGGCGGACGCAUUGAAAAAAAAGACGCUUUAUUUUCAUCAUCAGCGUUCUCUGGAUGCACACAGGCACCUGACAACCACCCCCCCACGAAUGUCGUGUUUAUUAAGGUGACUCCAUGAGCCAGCAAUGGAGACCAAAAAAUACCAAAGUUUUUUCGACGGGAGUAACACCGAAAACAGAUGGUCUCAGAUUCCCGGUACCACUGAGUUCUGCUUCACGGCCGAAGAUUCGAAUCUAAGUGGCGGUGACAUCGUAAUGGGCAUCGUCAAUGUGAGUCCGAGCGCCGACGCCAAAGACGGCAAGAAGCCGGAGCAGCCGCCAAUUCGUCCGGGCCAGAACCAGCAGUUUGCUCUACCGCACUUCAACAACUCUCUGCACGGUCACAAACCGGAAAUGGACUCCAAGGAGCUUUCCAAAACUGUGGCUGAGUCCAUGGGGCUAUACAUGAAUGCCGCCAGGGAGGCAGACUUUGCAUUCAGCCAGCAUGGGGGUAGCACCAGCCCCAGGAAGAUGCAGUACCCAGUUUGUGGGCGGCCCCUUGAGGAAAACCCAGCCAAUAGCCCCAAGAUGAAACCUUUUAAGUUCCAGCAGCCAAGCAGCACUCCCAGAGAGUCUAUACCUGGGACUCCGGUAAGCUCUGUUUCUGUGCUGGCCUCUUCCAGCCCGGGGGGUGGUAACAACACGGUGUCCUCCACCACCAGUCCCCCUGCGUGCUUUGGACCGCCGUCUAUUACCAGUCCUGUCAGCCAUACGCCGUGUGCACAAACCCUGGCCAACGUCAAACGCCGAAAUUCAGCCACAUGUAGCCCCGUCGAGUCCAGCACAGUGGGUUCACCCCCUCUCGCCAGCCCCCUCAGCGUCAUGAGGUCCCCCAUGUCCAGCCCGCAGAGUAUGAGUAGUGUGAGGUCGCCUCCAUCCUGCAUCACCGCUUGUAACAUGAGGUCAUCCGUCUCGAGCCCCACAGGUGGCAGCUGCACCAGCACAGUCAGGCCACCUGCCUCCAGUCCGGCCACGGGGGCUACCAUGGCUAUUGGUAGCCCACAGAACCCCUCAUCGGGCGGGUUCCCAGCGUCCAGUUCUGCCUGUGAACUGGGUUUAGUGCAGAAUGAGUCGCACAGCCCAGAAGUUGCUGGUCUGACUACUGACCCAGACUUCAAACCCUUUGAAUUCCCUAAGGUGGAGAUGGUAGAUGGGGAGGUUUUCAACGUGGGCUUGGACCAGAUGGGCAUGGUAAAGUACAUCAAGAACGAACCGGGAACUGAUUUUAGGAGCAUGUGCUUAGGUGGUUCCAAAUGCAACACUGCUAGCACAACUUUUAUCACGCAAAUAAAGAAUGAGCCAAACAAAAAUGAGGGUUGCAUGAAUCAGCAGUCCUACAGUGAGCAGUCUCCACCUCUUGGUCUUUUUCCCGCUUCGGAGACCACCUACUUAUCCCUGAGGAAUAACAUCGACGAAUACAGUCUGUCCGGCAUCUUAGGACCCCCGGUGUCCAUGAAUGGCAACUAUGAGUCCGACGUGUUCUCAAACACUGUCCUGUCCAAAGCGGUAAAGGAGGAGUCCAGCGACACCAGCUACUACCAAGAGAGCAACGGUGUGCCCACGUCGGCCAUUGUUGGAGUUAAUUCCGGCGGACACUCAUUCCAUUACCAGAUCGGAGCAAAAGGAACAAUGUCCUUCAGGGACCAGCCCAAUCCCUUGUUAAAUCUAAUUUCGCCUGUCGCGGCAUUGAUGGAGUCGUGGAAAUCGCGGCCCGGCAUGCCCCAGGGGUCGCUGUCGGGCCGGGGUGAAGGAUACCCGGGUCAGAACUGCAUCGCGGACAGCAUGUCCAGCUCGCCACUCAGGCAGCCCUCCUCGACGGCCAAGGUGUGUCUGGUGUGUGGGGAUGAGGCGUCGGGCUGCCACUACGGCGUGGUGACGUGCGGGAGCUGCAAAGUCUUCUUCAAAAGAGCCGUGGAAGGUCAGCACAACUACCUUUGCGCCGGGAGGAACGACUGCAUUAUCGACAAAAUCCGAAGGAAAAACUGCCCAGCGUGCCGCGUACGGAAGUGCCUCCAGGCCGGGAUGAACCUCGGAGCUCGCAAGUCCAAGAAGUUGGGCAAGCUAAAGGGAGUCGGUGAGGACGUGCAGGGCGCCAAGGAGGGUCAAACGGGCGCCGUCAGAGGCGAAUUCUUGUCCUCGGAAAAGGAGCUGAACGCCGCCGCCACCACCACCUUGGUGCCCCACGGCCCUGGGGUGGUCACACCUUUCCUGCCACCCUCCAUCUGCAGUGUGCUUGAGCUCAUCGAGCCCGAAGAGGUGUACUCGGGCUUCGACAACACGCUGCCUGACACCACAGACCACCUGCUGUCCAGUCUCAACUGCCUGGCCGGGAAGCAGAUGGUCCGCUUGGUCAAGUGGGCCAAAGUACUUCCAGGUUUUCGGGGCCUGCCCAUUGAGGACCAAAUCACGCUGAUCCAGUACUCGUGGAUGUGUCUGUCCUCCUUUUGCCUCAGCUGGCGCUCAUACAAACACACCAAUGGACAGAUGCUCUACUUCGCCCCUGACCUCAUCUUUAACGAGGACCGCAUGCAGCAGUCGGCCAUGUACGACCUGUGUCUGGGCAUGAGGCAGGUGAGCCAGGAGUUUGUUCGACUGCAGCUCACCUAUGACGAGUUCCUCUCCAUGAAGGUGCUGCUGCUCCUCAGCACGAUUCCCAAAGAGGGUCUGAAGAACCAGGCGGCGUUCGAGGAGAUGAGAGUCAAUUACAUUAAGGAGCUCCGGCGUUCCGUGGGGAAAGCGACCAACAACUCGGGCCAAACCUGGCAGCGCUUCUUCCAGCUCACCAAGCUACUGGACGCCAUGCAUGAUCUGGUGGGGAACUUGUUGGACUUCUGCUUCUACACCUUCCGUGAGUCGCAAGCCCUCAAGGUGGAGUUCCCUGACAUGCUGGUGGAGAUCAUCAGUGAUCAGAUACCAAAGGUGGAGUCGGGCCUCACUCACACCAUCUACUUCCACAAGAAGUGACUCCCGCGGAGGACAGAAGUGAGAACUGAACCAAGGGACGGAAUCCACGCGCCCCCUCAGAAUGCCGCCAGUCGAUGCUUGACCGUCGCGAGAAAGGCGGGAUGAAGGAUCGGAACGAUCGGAUCGGAGCGGUGAACACUCGGACUGGCCGAGGAGGACAAAGCAUCCCUAAAGUAGCCCUGCCACCCUCCCUGUACGCCCCAAAGACGCUCUUUUGGAGAUAAAGCCAUACGUUUGCUAUAACGUGCUAGUGCUACAUUCACACUAACACACACCGUCUACACACAGAUGCACUACCAAAAUCCCUAACAAACCCAAUCACACCCCUUCUUAUUUUGCUGCAAAUUAACUGUGGCUUUUAUGCAGACUUUCACAAAAAAUAGCUCUACACACAUAUAUAUAUAUAUAUAUAUAUAUAUAUAUAUAUAUAUGUAUACAGUACAUAUGCUCGUAGUUAGACAUUGCUUUGCUUUGUAUCGAGCAGGACUACAGGGCAAACAAAAAAACAUGCUUGACUAUAAAGGCCAAAGGUCUAUUUGAAUAGAUUCCAAGGGCUAUCUAUACUGUACAUGCAUCACCACAAGAUCAAUGCUUACCCUUAAGUUUCAAUUGGUUUCAUUUAAAGUUCUCUGACAACUUUGCCUUAUAUGAUGGAAGACACCGUCAGAUUUACAUGUGUGCUAUUAAAGCAACGAUAUACAGUACUUUGGCUGCGUAGCCAUACCAACAUUUUAGAAAGCGCAUGCAGAGGUAGAUAAAGCUGCUGGAUUCUAACCGCUCAUGAUACUUCGAAUGCAGCUACAGUAAUUGGGGAUGCGGCGAUGGGGGUUUUAUGCCGCCGAUUCCGACACCGAUCAUCCAUGAGUGAGAUCGGCCGAUACCGAUCACACGGAUUAACUGAGCAGUAUUCAAUUUAGUUAUGAUGAGUGGUAUUGGUCACGGGCCCUGUUAAACUAUUCCAAGGGCCCCUGGCAAAUAGGUGGAUAAAGGUUUGGGCGGAUUGUGUUUUUUUUGCCUUUAUUUGUGUGAAACGAUUUUUGUACUAUUUGACACAAACCUGAAUUUAAUUUGAUGCAUGUUUUGGUGUAAUACAAAUACAUGGGACAUAAACUGUUCAAUAAUUAUUUUUUAGCUCAAGAUAACAAAAAUAAACAGAAUAAAAUAAUACAAAUAAAUAUCUUUAUUAAAUAGAAAUCUGUCUUGCUUAAUUUAAAAGAGAAUAAAUUGAGUGUCCAGAUUGCAGGGGUCUCCAGCUUUCAUCACUAUUAGUGCUGUCAACUAUUUGUGUUUUAUUUAUGACUGCAACAUUUAAAAUAUAUACUACUUCAUGUACUAAGCACAUCUCCACUCAAACAGUGUGGCCAUCAUCUUUAUGCUAUUUUGUGCUCAUUUGUCAUUAUUAGGGGUGUAACGAUUCAUCCGCUACAUCGAUGUAUCGAUUUAUAUUCCUGUGAUCCAACUACAUCGAUCUGUGUUCUGCAAGUUGCCAUUCCGGACAACAUAUAUCGAUCUGACAUCGUUUAAAAGGUAUCGAUACUACGAAAUAAAGCAUUGGAUUUAAGCACGACAGGCUUUAUAUGGAUGUGUGUGUUUGUUUGUUUUUUAGCACUUUUAAUGAUAAAGACAUUAAACGUUACUCGAUUCAGUCUGCCCGUCUGCGAUGUCAUCACCAUGCGCCAGCAGACGACAAAAUGUAACCUGGCGGAUGGCAGAGGACAAGCUGGCGAGCGAGAAAUAAUUAGGCCAACUUUGCGGUACGGUGUGUGGAAACACUUGGGCUUUUGCAAAGCGGGAGAUGUUCUAAAUAAGUCGGGCGCUGUUUGUAGAAUAUGUAAAGAUAAAAAAAAAUACCACGGCAACACGACAACAGGGGGCAGGAGAUUUCUCUGAGUGUUGGGCCACAUCGAGUCAUACAAGUGCUUCAAAAGUUAAGUCCAACUUUAAGCCUUUCAAACUCAUGGAUCGGAGCUUCAGGACAAGAUAAAAGGUAUGUAGGAUAUAAAUUCACUUUAAUAUCCAUCUGCAGAUGAAAUUUCCUUAACAUUUUAUCAUACAUAUACUUAUCAUACAUGCUACAUCACCUGCACAGUAUGCAGGUAUUUAUUUCACAGUCAGACUGUUUGAAUUUUUGGCUAAAAAGUUACUGAAUAAAUUUAAAGUUACAGAAUCAUUUCGGGAUCGUAUCGUUCUAAAUGAACCAAUAUCAUCCUUGAAUCGUAUCGGCAACCACAAAUCGUGAUACGAAUCGAAUCGUUGUUAAAUCGAAUCGUUACACCCCUAGUCAUUAUAGAAAGGCACAAUGUCUGCAGUCGACAGUUAUAAUAAAAAAAAAAUACUAAGAGUUGACCCUUUGUGAACUACUCAAAAUCAGCUGGUGAGCUAGGAGACCCGUGUGAUAGGAUCGCCAUCAUAAGGCUGGACACACUGUGUGUCCAUGUUCAUUAAACAACCACACACAAAUAGUGUUUGGAGGACAAGACGUAAUUAGUAUAAUAACAACAAGACGGUGGAAAAAGUUAGUACGUACCCCAUGAACGUGAUAUACACUUGUAGCUUUCUCGUGGGACAAAAAAACGAGCUCCAAACACACCGUAUUGCUUGUUUGCUUUAAAAAAGACAAAAUGCCACUGUGGUAAAAAGUCACAUUUGGAGUCCGAAGACAAGAAGCUAGCGUGUAAACAAAGAUGCAAGAAGAGUCGAACAGCAAUAGGCUUGGUAAGGGAGUGAUCAAACACGUUGGCAUCGACUGCAGUAGCCUGUGUCAAGCGUCAUAUUGUUGGCAACCCUACGUGACACAGCAGACAUGGAGGAUUUGCCCCCGCAUGCCGAUCGUUUUUUGUGAUCGGCUUUGAAAGGCGUUUUUUUACGGAUCGGUGCACCACUAGCAGUGAUCCCUUGUUUAUCGCUGUUAAUUGGCUCAAAUCAAUUUCAAGUGAAUUUCAUGAAGUAGGAUUCUUUCUUUAUACGUCGCAUAUUUUCGUAGUUAUAAAACCUGUUUAUGCCCUUCUUAAUACAGUUUUUAACAUUAUUAGAGCCCUGUGGACAUGAAAUAACACACCGACAGUCACCUUUACACGCGUAUCACCCAAUAUAGUAGACCAGUGGUCCCCAACCUUUUUUGACCCACGGACCGGCUUGUGUUCCCACAAAUCUCCCGUGGACCGGGGGGGGGUUUGUAUAUUAUAGCGAUCUAAUUUAUCUUACUUAUUCUGUAUUGUGUAAAACUAAGACAUGAACGACAUUUUUUUUUAUUUAUCAUUGCACCUGAAAACUUCCUGUGGUCCGGUUCGGCCUCACCCAUGGACCGGUACUGGGCUGCAGCCCUGUGGUUGGGGACCCCUGUAGUAGACAACAUAAGAAAAAAAUAUGACAUUUUAGACAUAAGAGAUAAUAUAGGCUCAUACGUUAGCAUUAGGAAGCUCCUUGUUGCUCCAUUUUUACUUCCUGUUUCGUACAGUACUUCCUGUGGUGGCUAUUGUCUCAUCUAUGGAAACAUUACUGACACCUAGUGACCUGUGUAGAAUACUACAUGUCAUCACAACGUCGUCGAACGUGUCUUCGGAAUGCCUUAUAUUUGUAUUUGACUUCAUUUGGACAUUUUUAUGCUUGAAAAUACUUAAUUUAAGCAACAACAUGUAAAAGUUGCAUAAAUUUGCAUAUUUUUGGAAUAAUAAGAGGCCGUAUUCAACCACGAAAUAGCGAUGAUUUAUUAAUAUAUUUUUGUAAAGACCGUGAAAGAGUGAAGCCCCAAUAUUCCGUGAAAUUCAGCUGGCAAUGCCGAUGUUUUAGUCGUUUUUUCAUUAUGACUGCAGACAUUGUGUUUCUAAUUAUUUGAUUUCUAUUUGAUUUUGUAGACCAUGAAUGACCAUGAAUUUAGAAAUCAGAAUUUUAGUUUUUUUUAUAAUAUUCAAUAAGGGCGGUACGUUUCGUUCGGUACGUACCUCGCUAUAAGGUCACAAUUUCAUUCAUUUUCGGUACAGUAAGUGUACAAACUAUGAAUCAUUAAAACUAUUUAGCCAAUCAAUGAUUAAAUAAAUUACAAAAAAAAAACAAUAAGAUGCUUUGUCAUAAAUUACAAGGCUUCUGGAUUUCUGCUUGCCAUACGCAGACGCUUGUAUUUGAUUGCGGAGUGAACUCAUGACACAAGAAACACUUUUAAUAUGUUACCUGCACGGUACGCUUAUGUACCAAAAAAAAAUCAGAAUACAAAUACAUGUACUGCUACACCUCUAAUAUUUCAAGAUGAAUGAUUUUGGGGGCGGCUGUGAUGCAUUGCAAAGACGUCAAGUUGCACUGAGAGUGUGAACGGUGUGUUGCAGGCUGCUGGGAAGUAGGAAAUCCCAAUUCAUUAAAUUUACAGUAUGCAAUUUCAGUUGAAAGUAAACAAAAAACACGGACGACGACCUUGAUGAGUGUGUCGUUUAACAUUAAAGGCAUAAAAAAGUCCCUAUACAGCUUAAUUUUGUGUCUGGAAUCUCUCAGCGUGAUUGGCAGCCCCCAGGGUCCCGAUAUUUCCUUCACUAGUAAAUAAAACAAAAAAAAAGUAUAUACUGUAGUGCAGGGGUGUCCAAAGCACAGCCUGGGGGCCACUUACAGUAUGUUUUUUUUAAUGGCUCACGGCACAUUGUAGAAAUAAAAUUCCACACGAAAAAAAGAGCAAAAAGGCAAAAUGUAAAGAGAAGGUGCAAUGCUGAUACUAAUAACUAAUUGGUACACAAAGCUAUCUUUAAAUAUGUAUACAUAAAUAUGAAAGUAUUUUAAUAUGAUGUAAUAUUCUUUAAUAAUAUUCAUUUAGAAUAAUAUUAAAUUAAAAAUAAUAAUAAAUUAUUUUUUUUGCCUUUUCACAGCAUUUUGAAAAUCCAUAGAAAAAGCAAAGUGGCCGCCCGCAUGGUUUGAUUUUUAACAUGCGGCUCUCGGAGGAAGUGCUGAAGUGGAUUUAUUACCACAUUUGCAAAUCUGAUGUCUUCUAUCAUUUAAGUCAAACUUUAACAUUUACGGUUAAGUCCAAAAUUAUUCAUACCCUGGCUACAUUUGGAUUUUAUUUGCUACAAAUGAUAUUUAGAAAAAAAUGAGUUUGGGGUUUCUUUUAGCUGACAACGACACGCACAGCUAUGCGAGCUAAAGCGCUAACUUACGAUCAGCAAUGUCAUGCUGGGUUAGCCGAGGGAAAACAAAAUGGUGAAACUUACAGCUCCCACGUGUGUAGCUGACUGACAGAUAUUUUAAGACGUGUAGUGAAGCCUCCCAUGAGGAAGGAGGUUUUUUCCUUCAUGACGUGUUGACGAGAUGGAAGAUUUUCCUCACGUUUGGCGCUCAUAAACGGCUUUCAGGACACGUUACAUCCAUAAAACGUCACUUUAUGCAUAACAGGGGACCUUUAAGUCAAUAUUUGUGCAGAGUAUGAAUCAUUUUGGGCUUAAUUGGACAUUCAUCCACUUUUUCCAUCCAAACUAAUAUGCAAAAGUCCCUCCACUACCCAAAGUGUCCAAUCAAGACAAUAUUGAUGAGUGAUUCAAUUUGUGCCGCGGUUGCUAUGGAUGAAGGGGGGUGAAAAAACAUGCACUCGCUAAUGGAUUUUGCUGUAAACGCUGUCAUUUUGUGUGUUAUCUCCAGAGCAGCAGUCUGCUUCUCCUCAGCAACGAGCAAAGCCAGCCCUUUCUGUACCACAAAGAAUAAUAACCUUUUUUUUGUCUACAUUUUACAUUAAGGUGCUUCAUUUUUACCGAUGCCAGGCGAGACAUUUGUACAGCAACACACACACACACACACACACACACUGUACAGUUGAUUAGCAUCCAACAUGGAGACGUACUCUGCAGUGCUUAAUGUACAGGUAUUAUUAACCCAACUCAAAGCGAGCUAUUGUAUUGUAAAGUUUGGGAGGAAUGCUUUUGAUGAUGUGGUAUGAUUCGGAUUCCCCUCUGAAGAAAACGGUGACGAUGCUACUGAGGAGAGUUGGAGCGCCCUCGUCCCCUUUUUGGCGUGUGGCGAGUAUGACGUGUUUUUGAUGGUGGAUUAGCCAUAUCCUGUUUCCACUGUUUUGUUUUUGAUUUGUUUUUGUUUUGUUUGUUUUUUUUUUGCACAGAGGAAGGUGGUCAAUGUGAGGAGCAGCUAUAAAGUGUGACUAUUUUGGGGUGAUAGCGCAGUAACGGAAAUGUAAUUGUGAAUAUUUGUGAAUAAAGAAGACGGAAAGUGAAGUGAUUUUUGUGCGUUAUUGGGAGGAAAGCGUUUUUGUUGUUGUUGUUCUUCUUCUUCUUGUCCUUUGUAAGGAACCUAAAAAGGAUGAAUGGGAAAGUAUUUUUGAGAGAAUUCUAUUUUGCUGGAAAAUAAUAUUUAAGUACUUUUGUCUAAAAAACAAACAAAAAAAAGAAAAUUCUUUUUUGUAAGAUGCAAACUGUUAAUAAUGCAUGCGUUUUGAUGAGAUGUUUACAUUGUAUGUCAAAGAAAAAAAGGGAAACUUGUGCCUUUUUUAAUCUCACCUGAUUUACAGAUUUAACAUCAUGUACUGUAAAUAGAAUAAAAUGGUCCUUUUUGUUGCGUGUAAGACAUUUCUACUUUGAAGAAAAAUAAUUAUGUGUUCCUACCCCCCCCCCACCCCCCACUGGCUGUGUUCUUUCUGUGUGUUGGCUGGCAAAGGAGGAGGAUAACAUAGCGGAAGGAGAAAUGAAUGUAUAAACGACAUUGUGACACACUUACUACCUGAAUGUUAGACACAAGACAUUUAUUACCUUCUUUACUCCAUUUGGGUUUUCUUUUAACUUUUCUUUCCAUCAUUGUUCAUGUGGAGAAUAAUAAUUUAAAAAACAGUAUUUCUUAUUUUGUAACAAAAUGUGACAGAUUUUUUGUUUUGUUUUUGCUGUUGAAAUGAUUUCCUAAUCCAUGACGGUAUUGUUGACGAGCACCACAAUAAAAAUCAAGUCACCACCUU